UGACCUAUCCAGUUUUCCCCUGAGCCAUGUCUAAGUAAACGCUUAGCAUUUUUGUCAAAUAUGUUUUAAAAAUAUUCUCUUCUGUUAUUUAUGUGUAUUUAAUUGAGCGCGGGAGAAAUUCCAAAUUUGGACUGAUCGAUUGCUCAUCUCCACAGGCCGUUAACUAGAGUCUAACUCGCUCCUGCUAUUUGUCCCGCCCCAUUCUGCGUUUGAUUGGUUUGUUUCGCAGAGGGAGCGUGGUAAUUGGAGCUUGGCUCCGUCAGUCGGUUGGUGUGGGUGUCGGUGUUUGGUGCGCGGGGCGCUGCGGCCUGUUCUGGUUUGUUGUCAUGUAGCUUGUGGACUUUUCACUGAGACUGAGCUUCUGAUGGUGAACCUGGGACUGGGUGAGAGACCUUGGGAAGAUGAUCAUAGAGAAUCUGGACGCUUUCAGAUCUUGGUUGUCAAGGGCAUUGGACCCUAUUUGUGAUGCUGAUCCUUCAGCUUUAGCAAAAUAUGUUGUGGCUUUAGUUAAGAAAGACAAGCCAGAAAAGGAACUCAAGGCUUUGUGCGUUGAUCAACUGGACGUCUUUCUGCAAAAAGAAACUGUUGGUUUUGUGGACAAACUUUUUGAUGCUUUAAGCACAAAGAACUACGUGCCACGACCAGAACAGCUUGUCCAGGAGACAUUGAAACAGGACAUGCAGCCUACGUGGCAAGAGAGGGAGGACAAAAAAGAAGUUCCCCUCUAUGAUGAGGACCAAGAUGGUAGAAAACCCUCAUUAAAGAAAAGUCACAGUCCUUUUAAACCUCUUUUAGGACCCAUUGAUACAAGAAAUCGUGACGAAAAAAAGCGUGAAGAACGACGGCGCAGAGACAUUGAGAGGCAUCCUCAUUCUCGAGAUGUUUAUCGAGAUCGAUACGACCGUCGAAGAGGCAGAAGCUAUAGCCACAGUCCAUCAAAGACCAAAAGUCGGAGUUGCAGUAGAGAUAGGAAUCGAGUCCUUGGCCGCAGCAACAGCACAAGCAGGGAUCAACACAAGGAGAGAUCGAAGUUUGAAAUGGAAAGAAAUGAAGCAACGGAGAACAUAUAUGUUCCUAGUUGUACAUCAGUAAGCAGUUCAGCUGAUCAGUAUUAUGCUGGAGGGCCCCCGGCUCCAAGUGCAGUAACUGUGGUAGCUCCUGUCCACCACCCUGACAACACUACUGAGAGCUGGUCUAAUUUCUAUAAUAACCACACGGGCACAAAUUCCUUCAGUAGAAAUGCAGCUCCAAAACGCCGGUGUAGAGACUAUGAUGAGAAAGGUUUCUGCAUGCGUGGUGACCUAUGCCUCUUUGAUCAUGGUAAUGACCCAUUAAUAGUGGAAGAUGUCACUCUUCCCGGGAUGAUUCCAUUUCCACCACCACCUCCAGGCUUGCCUCCACCAGGCCAUCAGUUGCCUCCACCAGGCCAUCACUUGCCUCCACCUCUACCAGGUUUGCCUCCAAGCUUGAGGUUACCUCUUAUACCACCACCUGGACAGCCACCUCCUCCUGGUAUCCAUUCUGUAUCUGGACCACAUCCAAUCUCAAAAAGCAGCAUAGAUGGUAUUGAAGUCUCUGGGACUGGUGCAGUACCCUCUUUGCCACCACCCGGUUUACGGCCGCCACCCUUACCACAGUAUCCACCAUACGCAUCUUCAGAAUAUAACUAUGAGCCUGAUGGAUAUAAUCCAGAAGCUCCCAGUAUUACUGCUGGUGCUAGGCCUCAAUAUCGACACUACAUUCCACGAGUUCAAACAGAGCGUCCUAAUCUGAUUGGAUUAACAUCCAGUACUAUGGAUGGUCCUCAGCGCGUACCUACAAAAGUGAAUCAAGUAGACGCCUGUCUAGCUGCAACUGCCAGCAACAAUGCAUCACGUGUAGUCAUUGAACCAGAGUCCAGGAAGAGAACUGUUGUAGCUAUGGAUGGGCCACCAAUGAAAAAGUUCUGGAUGGAAAAGCAGCCUUUUAACCAUCAAAACAAGCAAGGUUUUCAGAAGAAAAUACAACAUGCAUAUGAUAACACAAAGCUGGAGGUUCGCAAGAUCCCAAGGGAAAUGAACACCAUUACCCAGCUGAAUGAGCAUUUCAGUAAAUUUGGUACUAUUGUCAACAUUCAGGUUGCAUUUGGAGGUGAUCCAGAAGCAGCUCUCAUUCAGUACUCACAGAACGAAGAGGCGAAACGAGCCAUUUCUAGUACUGCAGCAGUAUUGAACAACAGGUUUAUCAGAGUGUAUUGGCACAGAGAGAAUAAUGGAAUUCAACACCAGCAUGAAGUACAGGCACAACAAUUAGCAGUAUCGCAGCACAACACUGUUCAUAAGAUUUUAAACCGAAACCACAGUCCAGGGUCUUUUGUGCUGACAAAUACACCAACAAAGCAAAGACUUGGGCCAGUGAGUGGAAGUCAGCCUGACGGGCUACAACCCAGUUCAAACCAGUUUGUGGCUGGUGGAGAAACUUCACAGGUACUUGCUUCAUCCACAAGUUUGGUAAAGGUGGGGUAUAGUUCCUCUGCUACAAAGACAAAUCAUAAAUCUUCUGUAACAUCACAUAAAGCACUUGAAACUAAAGAAGCGUUAAAGAAAAAACAGGAAGCUUUAAAAUUGCAGCAGGAUAUGAGGAAGAAGAAACAAGAGAUGCUGGAGAAACAAAUUGAGUGCCAGAAGGUAUUAAUUUGCAAGUUGGAAAAGAAUAAAAAUAUGAAAACAGAGGAGAGAGCCAAAAUUAUGAAAACUAUUAAUGACUUAACAGGAAGAAUAUCACAAUUGCGAGAUGAAUUAAAAGCUACAUCAGCAUCAUCGCCAACGGUUCCAUCACAACCAAAAUCUAAAUCUGAUGCACAGAAAGAGUUACUGGAUGCAGAACUGGAUUUCCACAAGAAGCUUAACUCAGGAGAGGACACAACAGACUUGCGUAAAAAGCUGAACCAACUCCAAGUGGAGGCUGCACGAUUGGGAAUUCUUCCAGGAGGACGUGGCAAGGCUGCGCAAACACGAGGCAGAGGUCGAGGCAGGAGUGUGAGGGGAAGAGGUGCACAGAUGCAUAUGGUGGUUGACCAUAGGCCCAAAACAUUAACAGUAUUUGGCUUUACAGAGGAGGAAAAAGAUGAAUUGAAUCCACAUUUUUCGAAAUAUGGAGAAGUGGAAGACUUUCAAGAGGAUACUCCUUUAAGUGUUAGAAUAACUUUUAAGACGAGAAUUGAAGCAGAAAAUGCUGCAAAUCAGGGUACAAAGUUCAAAGGUCGAAACCUUCAGAUCUCAUGGUACAAGCCUAAAGCACCUUCAGUAUCAACAGAACCGGAGGAGGAGGAAACAAAAGAAGAGGCCUCGGAGCCCGUGGAUCCGUUCUUUCGUGAAGAUGACGACGAUGAAGAGGAAGAUGACGAAUCUCGCUCCUGGAGACGAUAGUGGAGUUCAGAAUUUUCAUACUAUCACUAUGAACUUCUGUGAAUUUUUUGUUUAAAUAUAUAUACUAAUUUUACAGAAACAUUUUUAUUGUAUUUAAAUAAAAAUGAAUUUGUGGCAUUUUGGUGAGAAAUACAACAAAAAGGCUUGUUACUUUCCUUUCAGUGAUUUUAGAGUAUAUGCCCCAAAGGAAGUAAAUCACAGAAUGAUUUAGGGGAAAAUGCAGAUGAAGUAAGAAAAAACAGGAAUGUUCUGCUUUUGCAGAAGUCCUUGUAUGAAUGUAUAUUAAAAUUGUGUAUAUACUUUGCCUUUCUUUUUGAUCAAAAGAGCAUUUAAGCUGUAAGUAAAUUUUGAUAUGUGUUUCCCACCCCUUUUUUUAAAAAAAGUACAAUUGAAACAUCAAAAUCCAUCUCGGAGGGAAUUAAUAGAAAAUAUUGAAUUCUGCAUAGGAAAGAAAAGUCUGGUUGUGCAGUUUAGGACCGACAGUUCACUGUUUGAUCCUAAACAGCUUCUGUUUUUUUCCCCUCAACAAUGUUGUUGGGUCUAAAAAAAUAUUCAUUUGAUAAACAGCAAAGAUACUGUAGAAACAAGAUGGCAAAUGUAUAUGUUCCUUAAGACUGACCUAUGUGAAUGGUAGAUACAUGGCAAGCUAUUUUAAAGCUGCAAUAACCCACUGAUUUAAUUAAAAUUUAAAUGCUAAACUAAUUGCUUUAUAAAAUUGCUAUUUAAGGAAUUUUUUAAGAAGUUUCUCAGCAUCAUCAUCAUCAUCAUCAUUCCAUGAAUUUGAUAUACAUAAUUUUCCUUUGACCGUGCAUUGUUAACUUUUUAUUAUUUUCUCUUAUCACAGCUUAAUAAUCAGACAUGGUAAGGCUGCACCGUGUUUGAUAGUGGGUUAAUGAUGCCAAAUAAGGGAAUAGUUUUAAUCAGGGCCCCUCUUUCUUUGUAAUCAGUAAAGAAGCAAGAUUAAUAUUUAUUUUCCAACUUUUUUAAAAAUACAUUUUUUAAAAGUAGGAAAUAGGCAUUGGUUACUAAAUAGGUCACUAUUAGGAAAUAUUGCUUUAAAUAUGUUAAGUUUACAUAAGAAAUUAUCGAGGGAUCUUGCCCACCAGUUCUGAUUUCUAUCUUAUGAGCUGUUAUUAAAAGAGUAGCUGUCCCCCCAUCAAUCAAGGUUGAACAAGUCUUGGAGAUUAAGAUCUGCGGAAGGAUCUAUUCCUCUGUACAAUAUCUGGGCAAGUUAUUGAACUUUAACACCUAUUGACACUUGCACAAGUAAAAUGACUUUGUGUUGUGAAGCUUCUUCUAAUAUGCGGACUAGAUUGGCAGUGAUAUCAGUAAUCUACAUACUAAUAUUUCAAGAAGUUUACAAUCAAAAUUCAUUCCAUGUCUCUUAUUGCACAUAUACCCCUCUAUUUCAAAAUUGGAGUUGGGUAUAGGAAUUGCAGAGUAAGAUACUGAAUUUUUGCUGCAUUUUUCUUUCCCUAAGAUAACUUUCAAAAUGCUGUCUCAUUUUUUUGCUAGUUAGAUAAAUUGCAGAAUUAAUAGUUCUCAAAGUGAUAAAAAUUCUGAAUAUUUAUAGCAAGGCAAAACAAACUGCACGCUACAAAAAGUCAUUAAGCACUGCUAAUGUUUAUAAAAACGAGUUUUAAUUUUUUGAAACAAAUGAAGAUACACUUGUAGAUACAUCUUUAACUGAUGCAAAACAAUUUACUUUUGUUUCUGUGGAAAUGCAGCUUUAAAUAGAACAGAGUCCAUAACAUUUGCAGCAUUUUUGAUUGGGGGGAACAGUCUUUGUAAAAUGAUAUUCUGUUACGAGUGGCUGUUAAGGUUUAUGAAGUAUCUUGGUUAAGCCCACCUGAAAACUAGAAUGUCUAUAUUCUGGGAGUUUCAAGUUCCUACUGUAAGAAUUCUUCUGUUGGAGGUCCUGAAACUCCUGAUUCAGUAACAUCUGUGUUCUACAAUUUUUAAAAAAAUAUAAAUUAAUGUGAAUGUUGCCAGGAAAUUUGGCCAUUAGUUUUGAUGACUAUUUGAGAUGAGGGUUAAACUGGAAACAGUGCCAUCUUGUGAUUAACUCUGUUACCAUCAAGCUUUUGUAAUUGUCACAGUCCAAUGCUGGUGAAUGUAAACCAUGUGACUACAUAAAUCUCUGCAAAAAGCAGCCACUUAAUCCUGACUUUAACAGAGGUAGUCUGCAGGGAAAUUCUUCGCCAUUAUCUGUUCAUCAUCAGUGCAACAUCGUGUAACAACUGAACAGAAGAUUCUUGAGGUUGUUGCUGAUGUCUGUAAUUUUACUGUGUUUGAAAAGGUAACUGUUAUAAGUUAUGUGGUCUGGCUAAUUUGUCGUAACUAGCCUUCCUUUCCCUUUCUCUGAAUGAACCUCUAAUAGUUUCAGAGAGUAAAUUUAAGUUUGGAGCUUAACCUGGGAGCUAGCUUUAAAAUAAAAAGAGCAGAUUAAAAGAAAUCCCCAGUAUCUACCUAAAUGUCACGCUUUCUUCUGUUUCACUGUAAGAUGUAUUGCACACUUAAUACAUCCAUCAUUACCAUAAAAAAAUCAAAAAAACUGGAAAUCAGAUUAUCCUUUGAAGUUAGCUUGGAUCAAACUUGGCACUGGUCUUUUGAAACAUUAACAAGCCUAACUGCUAACUGUUACUUUUUUCUCUCUCAUUUCCAUUGCAGGAUUCCAAUAACCUUUGUUUGUUUUGUUUUGCUUUCUUUUGAUGCCUCUACUUUAUCUGGUUUGUCCUUGAUGUCUUGUACCAUUUAAUGUCCUUUGGUGUUCGUUUAAAAUACUGUUGUGAUGUAGAGUGGGCUGCACUUGUUAAUGGGGAAGAAUACAUAGCAUUUACCAUCAUGAAAAGGGAAAGGAGAUAGACGGGACACUAUGGCUUGAGGUGGUCACUGUCAUGUGAUCUUUGAAGGAAAAUGCCAUGAUUGAGCUAAACACAAAAGAUCCAUUGUGUUGAGGAGGACUCUAGCAGUAGUUAGGCAUUUAGAAUGUAUCAUUGUAGAGCUUUUAUUUUGUAAGGGCGGAACACCUGAUAUCCUAUGACUUUCUUUUGUAAGUAAAUACUUGUAUAAUAGUUAUUCAGAAUUGUGAGUGCAUAGAAUAUCAAUGUAUUUUUAGGUUGUUUAUGCUAAAAUGUGAAUUUAGUGCAAGCUUCUUGCACACUUCAGUAAAAUGUUACUUCAUUGGGUGAUAUUGUUGCUGAAUUUGUAACAGUUUAUACGUUUGGAUUUAUGUCUUUAUUUCAGUUUUACUGAUUGUAUCUGAAUUUCUAAUUGAGGCAUGUUCACAUUUGAAAUAAAGUCCCACAAUGGAAUGGUUUACAAUAUAAAAUGUUUAAAAAGAUUAAAAAUUAUAUAUAUAUUAUAUAUCUAUAUGGAUAUGGAAGAAAAAAGAUGGAACAAUUUCAAAAGAAUGAUUCAAAAAGAAAGUUUAAAAAAGAAUGAUUUAAAAAAAGGAAAACAUUUUUAAAAAAAAGAAUGAUUAAAAAAAUUUGUCAACAAAACCAUUCCAAAAAAAAACCAAGAUCAUAAAAGAGCUAUAACCAAUGACGUGCUGAUGAUGUUCAGUAUUGUUUUUUCAGUUGGACAACUUCUUGAUUUUUUGCUAGUUACUUAGUUCAUUUCACAAGAAGUUUUAGACUAAUUGUAAUAUAACAUGCACUGUAAAAUCCAUUUUAUAUCUGAGGUGAUAGGGCUGCAUAAGAAUUCUAAAUGAGCUAUUGAAUUGCUGAUUGAGAUAUUGUAACUGGGUUUUAAAAAAAACUCAGUUACACAAAUCCAAAACAGGAAAUUGCAUCUAAAAUCCUUGAUUGAGUUGAUAAUGGGGUUCUUAAUAUAUGGGAGUGGUAUGGAGGACUGUGGUCAAAGAUCAGGUCGAUGGAACUAACCAAAAUAAUAGUUCAGCGUGGACUACGUGUGCCAAAGGAUCUGUUUCUCUGCUGUAGUGCUCUAUGACUAUGACUAAUUACCCUAAGAGAAAGAUGGAGAUAAAAGCUAAAAGCUUGUAGAGAUUUAAAAAAUUACAAACAUUAAAUGCAAACAUUUACUCGGACUAGAUGGCUUGUUAUAAGAGGAGGCUGGAUAGGUGGGGACUUUUAUCUCCUGGAGCACAGGAUACAUAGAGGUUACCUUAUGGAGAUGCAUACUAUCAUAGAUAAGGUGAAUGCUCACAGUUUUACAAACUCCCCCCCCCCCACACAGAGUAGUGAUGUACAAACUAGAGGAGAUGGGCUUAAGGUGAGAGGGGAAAAGUUUAAAGGGGACCUGAAGGGCAAGUUUUAGUAAAGAUGGGUGUGAUUACAAUAUUUAAAAGAAAUGUAGAUAGAUGUGUGCAUGCAUAGGAAAGGUUUUAAGGGAUAUGAGGUAAAUGGGACCAACUCGGGUAAAUAACUUGGUUGGCAUAGGCAAAAUGAGCCAAUGGGAUUAUUUUGUGCUGUAUAAUUCUGAAUCUAUAAAACCUGAAAGAAAACAAUUUUCCCCCCAAAAUAUACAGAUCAUCAUGAUCUAGUAAUUAAUCUGUUGCAAUUUGUACUAUAAUUCACUUAUCUCUGAAGAGCUUGACCUGUUGUACACUUCUACCAUGACUUGCUGUAUAUACAGAAAUAACCAUUUCUCUUGUUUGUUGCCUUGCUUAUAAAUAUCUUUCUUGGUUUUUAUCUUUGUUAUACAAGUUCAUUUAGAUCUGUGUCAUUAAGAUUUCUGCAGUUCUUUGUGACUAAGGCCCUCCAUUGGACGGGGUCGACCAUGGAUAUUGCGUCAUAGCUGUCUACAUGAUACACAAUGCAAGACGGAGAGUAAGCUGGGGCCCAUGUAGCAAGUUCACCCUCUCCAAGCAGCUGAUGAGUCCAAACGGGCGGCAUAGACCAAUACAGUUUAGCACCAGUGGCAUCGCAGGAGUUGCCAGACAGCAUUGAAGUGAACGUAGGACUUCCAGCUCCAGAUUUUUUCCUCGGAAUUUACUACCAAAGCCUUUUUCAUGAGUGGGUAGGGCUGCAAGACAAUGAAGGUUUGAGAUCCGAGUUUUCCCUCUAGAUGAAUUGCCAAACACAGCUGAUGAGCCAGAUCUGUCCAAAGCAACUAGUUUUAAGGCACUGGUAAUCCGCUUUUUCCCCUUCUCCUGCCAAUAGAAAUGGAUUCAUCAGGCUUAGUAGCUGAGCCACAAGUGAAAGCCAGGAGCUAAACUUGGUUGUCAGAAGCUAUUUGAGACGCAUGCCAUUGGGAGCAUUUGAUAAAUAGUAGGAGCUCAUCCCCAAUACUUCCCCAAUGAUGACAACCUUAAUGAACCAUUUCUCAAGUGCUGAAAAGGGUGAGUCAUUCUUUAUUCUUUUGGUUAUA